AUGUCAAAUUGGCCCGCUCUUGGCUGUUUCCACCUUGGUAUCGUGGCGCAACUUCUUCUUUCUUCCAUCUCUCAACUACAAAUCUCGGCUUUAGUCUUCCAGUUCUCAACUACAGAUCUCGCGGCUAGUCUUUCUUCCAGAUCACUCAAAUCUCGGCUAGCCAACACACUUGUUACCAUUGCCCAUCAUGCUUCAGCCAGCAACGAAAUGUUCCCGUCUCCUUGGCCCAUGCUUGCCCACCAUUUCCGCAGCAGGUCGCCGCAAUCUACAUCGAAUGGUGUUGAAUCAUCGCAAUACACAUUUCGGCAUCUCACCGCGCUGUACCUCGUGCCAAUCUACAACCAGGGCAGCCGUUUCUCAGCCACCAAUUCAUGCCCGAUUGUCCAUCACAUAUUUGAAAAAGUGACCGGAACCUGGCAGUACAUUGUUGCCGAUCCCGCCACUGCUGCUGCAGCCAUCAUCGAUCCAGUUUUGGACUAUGAUCCGUCCACGGGAGAGCUAGCAACGAAAUCAGCAGAUUGCCUUGUAGCCAUUGUGCGAGAGAAUGGCUACAAGGUUGAACAUAUCCUGGAAACGCAUAUACACGCCGAUCACGUUACUGCGGCGGCCUACUUGCAGCACACGCUACGUGACGAUCACAGCCAUGCCCCCAGAAUCGGAAUUGGCAGCCGCAUAGCGACAGUCCAAAAAUUCUUUCAAAAUAUAUACGGAAUUCCGCACGAUGAAGUCCAGGAUGCUCAUCAAUGCCUUUUCGAAGAUGAUGAAGUCUUCCACAUCGGGAAUCUCAAGGUGCAAGCCAUUCACCUACCCGGACACACACCGGAUCACAUGGGUUAUAAGAUCGGAGACAACAUCUUUUGCGGCGAUUCCCUAUUUGCUGCUGACCUUGGAAGUUCCCGCUGCGACUUCCCCGGAGGCAGCGCCAAAGAACUGUACGAGUCCGGUCUUAAGCUGCUCGGGUUCCCAGACCACGUCAAAAUAUGGUCGGGCCACGACUACCCUACCCGUAUACGUAGCGAGCCAGUGCCUUAUCAGAGUGUGGGAGAGCACAAGAAGAGCAACAAGCAUUUGAUGGGAGGAGUCACACAGGACGAAUUUAUUGUUAUGAGGGAGAGUCGUGAUGCUACUCUCAAGGAGCCCAGGCUUCUUCACCAGUCAUUGCAAAUAAAUGUCAGGGGCGGGAGACUUCCGAACCCAUCUUCAGGGCAUCGCAUGAUUCAAAUUCCCAUCACUGCAGUCAACGGCGGAUGGUAG